GGAAGCCAGCGGCUUUCAUGGAUUUUAUGCAUCCCAUGGAUCUGGACUGCAAGAGGCUGCCCUUUCCCACCCUUACCGGUGAGAAACUGCAGGACAUUGAGCUGAAACCCCAUAGUUUGGUUUUCCCCACGCCAUUGCUGAAGAUGCCACACGAGCUUCACCUAGGGUCUGCGCCAGACUAUGUGCAGAAGGAUGGUGACCGGACGCGGGUCACCUUGCCCAUCUACUGUCGGGCCGAAGUGCUUCCGUUGGCUGCAGACACGGAAUGUUUUCUCAUCGCCACCCAGAAUUGUCGGGGCUGGGGACAAGGUGGUGAUGGUCUAACCGUCUCUUCCGGUGUGAACCGCACCGAUUUCACAUUCCGCAGCGGGGUCUUCCAGGGCUUUCCACGUGUCACGAGGCAAGGCUCCCCAAUGCUGCGAUCCUUAGAGUGGAACGAACUCAGCAUGGUGCUGUCUGAGACUUUGGCAUCAUAUUGGAUCAAUGGCAUGCUGGUGGCCAGCUGUAAGUUGGAACCCGGGGAGGUGCCAGCAGCUGAGCUGUACCUGGGUCUCACCAGCUACAGCACGGCCUACCGGGUCCGGGGGUUCGAUGUCUCCAGAGACCCAGCUGUGUUGCAACGAGUUUGCACUUUGCAGGAGAUGCGCCAGUUGGGAGUUUUCAAGGAGAAGGUGGUGACAUGCACUGCGCAGUGGGAUGAGUCAAAGAGCGAAGUGUGCAUUUCUUGUGCCAACUUGGCUGGGGAGCAUCUGGCCAAAUUCCAGGCGUUGCAGGCUUACAUGCCAUUGCAGUCCUUCCGGAGACUUCUGAUGCAAGAACUGAAGUUGACUCGACAUCAUGAUGUGAGGCUUGUGCUGCAGGAUGGCACUCUCCUGACCGAAGGUCAGGAUGAGAAGCCGCUGUGUACAGUGCUGGCACUGGAGCUAUCUGGAGCUUAACUAGUAGAGAAUCAGUUAGAACUGGGAGAACCUGGCAAUUUCAGGCAUGUACAGGCCCAGAACAUUCCAAAACACGUGCCGUUCACGCGUGGGAUCCUGUGGGUGGGAAGCUGGCAACAGGCAAGAUUCACCAUUGGUUGGGGAUCUUUUUUUUGGGUAUUCCCAAUUCUACCAAUGGGCUGCAAACGUCUUCAUGUGUAAGCAUAUUCCAUGACUGUUGAAGUCGACUUUCUGUACCUUCCAACUGGCAUACCAGC